UAUAAAAUGGAUCCAGAAAGGAAUGUCAAACGUUUACGAAAACUGUUGGGCGUUUCGCGCACAAUGUUGAAGCGUGCUGCCCGGAGACCUAGCGUAAGUGACCAAGAACGUGAAGACCAACAAAGGAGACGAUUUCAGUUACUUCGAGAAAUGAGACAGCAACGGAUUUCAAGCCUGGGCCCAAACCAGAGGUAUGUUUUAGAAAUUUGUGCAGAUUUAUUGGGUAUAGAUCCUGAGGAAAUAGUAACUGGUAUUGUGGAUGAAAGCAAGUAUGUUGAGAAUGUAAAUUUUAUAUUUGAGGAAAAAGGUCCCAUGGCCAUAAUGAUAAGUAACGCAACAAUGUUAGGAUAUCCAACAGAUUCUGGUCGCUACCAGGAAAAACUUAAAUACACUGAAAUUCAGCGCACCGUAUGCUUGAGGUCGGAUUUAGUUGAUUUGAUUGGAAAAUGGACUGUUGUAUAUCGACUUAACAACGAAAAAUCUAUUGAUAACCGUUCGGUUAGUGAUGAGGUGGGAAUAUUUAUGAUAUUCGCUGAGGAGCGAAACGCUUGCUUAAAUGUUGUUAAAACAUUUAUGGAUCACGUUUUAAAGCCGUCAAUAGAAGCUGUGACCGAAUUUGGAUUGGCAGAAAAAGAGCAAACUAAAAAGUUUUUUCAUAUUCUUAAUAUGUACAAUACGUUUCUAAAAUCAUCUGAAGCAACUGUUUCUUCUCGAGUGAACUUUGAUAUAUCACAUGAACUAUUUAAAGGAUUAUUACUUGUGCGAUGGCAAAUUGAAGCUAGUUCAAAAAUAAUUACACGAGUUCGACUGGUUGAACGGUAUUUUCAGCAAUGGCUUAGACAAAUUCAAGGUAUACUAGUAGAGGGAAAACAAAUACAAAGGGAUACACCCGAUGUAGGACCAUUGCAAAUGUUGGUCAAUUGGCGGCGUAUGUUGGCCAGAUAUACAACCAUAACGGAGUUCGUUACAUCCCGAGCAUUUAAUAACCAUAAGGACUGCUUGACAUUGUCUCGAUCUUCGAAACUGUUAAACCGCUGGGCUGAAAUCGAUAAUCAAGUUACAUUAGCACUAAACGAAGCUAAGGAUAAUGUUCGUUAUAUAUCUUCUUUACAAAAGUUUUGGGAUCCCUUAUACCGUUCUUCUCCCAAUGUUAUUAUAAGCAGUUUACCUGGACUGAUGGUUGCAAUUCGAAAUGUUUCUAAAACAGCGCAUUAUUUUAAUACCCCAGUCAACGUUACAGGCCUUAUGGUUAAAAUUUCUAAUCAGCUUACCAUCACAAGUAAGAAUUAUAUCACUGAUAACGAACACAGUAGUCUUUGGGAAAUACCAUCAGCAGAACUUAUUGAAAAAAUUGAAAAGUGCAAAGAAGUUAUGGAAAACUAUAAAAAUAUUUAUAUACAUACAGUUGAUGAGAUGAAAAACAGUAACGAGCGGCCUUGGACUGUGUCAUCUGUUUAUAUCUUAACCUGCUUACAAAAAUUUUUACAGCGUCUCGAAAAAGUUAAGUGGAUUGCAAACACGGAUAUAACUUACUCCAUCUUAGAUCGCAUAAUGAUAAGCGGAAUGGAGAGAUUCAAUGCUAUGAUAAAAGGAGCUCGAAUAACUAUAAGUAGCCAGCUAUAUGAUCCCUUAAACUACAGAAUAGAAACCUUUGAUUUAGAUUUUGAAAAAUUUGUUAAUGAAGUUGAAGAGGCUGAGGUCGGUAUGCAACAGUUUGUCAAAUUGCUUUCCACUGAAUGUCCUUCUGCUGCAUCUGUCAUGUUAGUAUUAAAGAGGUUCGAAGCUUUAAAUUUGGAAUGUCUUUGCUUAGAUAGACGUUAUUUAGAAGUUGCCGAGAUGUUGGAGAGGGAAAUGUUCUUAUUAAAAGACGUUUACAACGAGGAAAGGGGGAACCCGUUUAUUCCUCGAAAUCUUCCUCCUGUUGCAGGACGGAUAAUAUGGAUUCGCUCUAUUUUUAAAAAGAUUGAUUUACCAAUGCAGGCAUUAAAGUUACGACAAUGUGUUCUUGCUCAUAAAAAGGCCCAAAGAACAGUUAGAUACUAUAACUACAUGAAUGGAAUAAUUUGUCACUAUGAAAUGGCCUAUCAUAAGGCUUGGUUUGACUAUGUUGAAGAAGUUCGAUGCCUGUUGAACGCACCCAUUAUGACAACUAAUAAAGAAGAGGCGAUAUAUAUUGUUAACGUAGAUCGCGCAAUUUUGCAACUAAUCUCAGAAACUGAGUGGAUGUGGAAGCUUAAUCUAGAGGUUCCUAACAUGGCUGCAACCAUAACAUAUUGCAAAGAUCGUUUAUUAGGCCCUGCAACAACAUUAAAGCUUAUGUUGCAACGAUAUGACCGAUUACGUGCUUCUCUUACACCGGUCUUUAUAAAUAUUAUGAGAUUUCGCUUGCAAGAAAUUUCAAUUUUGUUGAAACCAUCAUUAUCUACCGUCACCUGGAUAUCUGAAAACCUAGAGGAUUACGUGGAAAAAGUUUGCGUGGUAAGAAAUUGUGGUUAUUAUAACUGGUACUGUCCUGUGAAAAUAGCAACGUAA